GCGGGAUCAGGAACAACCGGCGGCCGCUCGAGGACGAGGAACCGAUGCAAUACGCUGAGCGCUGUGCUGUUCAAUGGCAUCGUGUAUGCAUAUACCCGGAGCGGCUCGGAAGAAUAGCUCUCAACCAUGUAAAACCCGGAUCUCUCCUCUACUUGGAAGGAAACCUCGAGUCGAAGGUUUUUAGUGAUCCAAUUACUGGUCUUGUUAGACGUAUAAGAGAAGUAGCUAUACGGCAUGGUGGCCGCCUUGUUUUCCUCGGUAACGAUGGCGAGGCCGGGCAGCAGGAGUCUGCAGACUUGAGGAGAGCUGGUUAUUAUUAACUUCUCCUCCAGUCAUUACUAGAGCUUGGAUGACUUAGAUGCAGAGAUAUCAUCCAGUGCUGCUUAUGUUCCGCAGAAAUGACUCAACAGCAACCUGCCGGCGCUUAUUCUUCGAUGUAGAAAAGCUCGUGUAAGAACAGAUCAAAUUGGGGAUAGGACUGAAGAAGAAACAUUAUUUUCUUUUCAUGAAGGCGAUAAACCGUUUCGAUUUUCGGUUGAUGUAAGCUCAAAUGAUGAUGAUUAGAUGCAUUCGUUUAACAUGGCUAUGUUCAUUUUAGUUUUUCAUAAUUACCAUUGAUUCU